GGCCCGGCCGGGGAGCCGCGCGGCAGCCAGGCCAGCUUCAUGCAGCGCCAGUUCGGCGCGCUCCUGCAGCCCGGCGUCAACAAGUUCUCGCUGCGGAUGUUCGGCAGCCAGAAGGCGGUGGAGCGCGAGCAGGAGCGCGUGAAGUCGGCGGGGGCCUGGAUCAUCCACCCGUACAGCGACUUCAGGUUCUAUUGGGACUUCACCAUGCUGCUGUUCAUGGUGGGGAACCUUAUCAUCAUCCCUGUGGGCAUCACCUUCUUCAAGGACGAGACCACUGCCCCGUGGAUCGUGUUCAACGUGGUCUCGGACACCUUCUUCCUCAUGGACCUGGUGCUGAACUUCCGCACGGGCAUCGUGAUUGAGGACAACACCGAGAUCAUCCUGGACCCAGAGAAGAUCAAGAAGAAAUACCUGCGCACGUGGUUCGUAGUGGACUUUGUGUCAUCCAUACCCGUGGAUUACAUCUUCCUCAUCGUGGAGAAAGGCAUCGACUCCGAGGUCUACAAGACGGCGCGUGCUCUGCGCAUCGUUCGCUUCACCAAGAUCCUCAGCCUCCUGCGGCUGCUGCGUCUGUCCAGGCUCAUCCGCUACAUCCACCAGUGGGAGGAGAUCUUCCACAUGACUUAUGACCUGGCAAGCGCAGUAAUGCGCAUCUGCAACCUCAUCAGCAUGAUGCUGCUGCUGUGCCACUGGGAUGGCUGCCUGCAGUUCCUGGUGCCCAUGCUGCAGGACUUCCCCAGUGACUGCUGGGUAUCCAUCAACAAGAUGGUGAACCACUCGUGGAGCGAGCUGUACUCCUUUGCGCUCUUCAAGGCCAUGAGCCACAUGCUGUGCAUCGGGUACGGGCGGCAGGCGCCCGAGAGCAUGACGGACAUCUGGCUCACCAUGCUCAGUAUGAUCGUGGGCGCCACCUGCUACGCCAUGUUCAUCGGCCACGCCACGGCGCUCAUCCAGUCGUUGGAUUCCUCGCGGCGCCAGUACCAGGAGAAGUACAAGCAAGUGGAGCAGUAUAUGUCCUUCCACAAGCUGCCUGCCGACUUCCGCCAGAAGAUCCACGACUACUAUGAACACCGCUACCAGGGCAAAAUGUUCGACGAGGACAGUAUCCUGGGCGAGCUAAAUGCGCCCCUGCGGGAGGAAAUUGUCAACUUCAACUGCCGGAAGCUGGUGGCCUCUAUGCCACUAUUUGCCAAUGCUGAUCCCAACUUUGUCACGGCUAUGCUGACCAAACUCAAGUUCGAGGUCUUCCAGCCAGGCGACUAUAUCAUCCGAGAGGGCACCAUUGGCAAGAAGAUGUACUUCAUCCAACACGGGGUGGUCAGCGUGCUCACCAAGGGCAACAAGGAGAUGAAGCUGUCUGAUGGCUCCUACUUUGGUGAGAUCUGCCUGCUCACACGGGGCCGACGCACAGCCAGCGUGCGUGCUGACACCUACUGCCGCCUCUACUCACUGAGCGUGGACAACUUCAAUGAGGUGCUGGAGGAAUACCCCAUGAUGCGGCGUGCCUUCGAGACCGUGGCCAUCGACCGCCUGGACCGCAUCGGCAAGAAGAACUCCAUCCUGUUGCACAAGGUGCAGCACGAUCUCAGCUCGGGCGUGUUCAACAACCAGGAGAACGCCAUCAUCCAGGAGAUCGUCAAGUACGACCGCGAGAUGGUCCAGCAGGCCGAGCUGGGCCAGCGCGUCGGCCUCUUCCCGCCGCCGCCGCCGCCGCAGGUCACCUCGGCCAUCGCCACCCUGCAGCAGGCGGUGGCCAUGAGCUUCUGCCCGCAGGUGGCGCGCCCGCUGGUGGGGCCGCUGGCCGGGGUCCCCGCCGCUGUGAUGAAUGUACUGAAGAGCCGAGGAGCAGCGCCCACCACGGCCCCCACGCCCCAUUAA